GUUCUUUAGGGGAAGGCAGAGGGUGAGGCCGUUAAACCAGUCACGUCUCAAGCAGAGACAAAUGCAGCCACUGACUCAGUUUCUAUCGAAUCCGGCAGGGAGCAACCAUGUGUUUGAACACCGGGUACACAUGCAACUGCCUGGCCGACAGCGGGCCUUGCGAGCCCUGCACGAUAACCAAAGACGCCGGUGACGCCAUCAGUUCAGAGUCCCUGAGCGAGCUUGAGCACCCAGAGAAGACGCCCGGCCCUGCCUCCAAAGAACGGGACAGAAACUGGGGAUGGAUCCUGUCCGGGGUCAUAUUCAUCAACGUCCUGAUGCUCGGGAUCGCGCUCGUCAGCGGCAGCGCCUACAGCCAUGUGGACAUCAGCAUGUCUGAGCUACAGGCUUUCCUGGUAGUCAUCAUCAUCCUCACCUCCAUCUGGAUGGUCUACUACAUCAUCUUCACGGCGAGGAUCGAAAAUGCCGUGGCUUACAGGGACGGACAUGCCGGCCCCGUCUGGCUUAGGGGAGGAAUGGUGUUGUUCGGACUGCUCAGUAUCAUCAUGGACAUUUUCAAGAUCGCAAGCUAUGUGGGCUACCUUCACUGUGAGUCGGCCACCCAAGUCGUUUUCCCCGGAGUGCAACUUGUUUUCAUCGUUGUGCAGACUUAUUUCCUGUGGGUCCACGCCAAGGACUGUGUCCAGCUCCAAAGAAACCUCACCCGCUGUGGUCUGAUGCUCUCCCUCUCCGUCAAUCUCGUCUUGUGGAUGGCCGCCGUGACGGACGAGUCCCUUCACCAAACGGCUCACCCGGAAGACCAUCACGACAAUGACACGCACAACGCGGAGGACGAUCACGCCAACGAUACGCAUAAACUCUUCGGACGCAGCCUGUACAUCAGCAAAGCCAGUUUCGGCGAGGACCAGUGCGUAUGCAGCCACAGUUCGUGCAGCCUCUUCCAAGGUGCCUACUUCUACCUGUACCCGUUCAACAUCGAGUACAGUCUCUUCGCCUCGGCCAUGGCCUACGUCAUGUGGAAAAAUGUCGGCCGGCUCACGCACAACCCCCACAACCACAGCCACCCCCACAAAUUCCAUCUGAGAGACGCCUUGGUCGGCCCCCUGGUGGGAGUCCUUCUGGUCUUCGUGGGUCUGGCAACUUUCAUCGUGUAUGAGAUGGAUAUGAAGAAGGCUGACAAUGACGAGAAGCGAGAUCACGCCCUCAUGAUCCACUUCGUCACCAAUAUAGUCAUUAUAUCCCUCAUGCUGGUGGCCACCGUCGUCGGGGCGACCGUCUACAAGCUGGACCGCAGGGAACACGAUUCUGAAAAGAACCCCACACGCAGCCUGGAUGUAGGCCUCCUGGUGGGAGCCUCCAUGGGCCAGUUCAUCAUCAGCUACUUCACCAUAGUCGCCAUGGUGGCGCUGGGAGCCCCGGGCCUCCUGAACAGACUGAACCUGACCUGGGCUGUCCUAAUGGUGCUCCAGAUCGGCCUGCAGAACUUCUUCAUCGUCGAGGGUCUUCACAGGGAGCCUUUCCACGAGGAAGAGCACCACGAGCCCAUCCACGUGGUGGCCAACCAACACUUGACGGGGCUCCCUGGCAAAGAUCUGAGUGGCCUGGAAGGAUCGGAGAUAAGCUUCAAGCCCAGCCCGGGGCCGGGAGUGAGCCCAUUUGGCUACAUGCCGCACUACCGACCCAAGCUGUCGUGGAAGAGGCGAGUGCUGAAGGAGGUCUCCGUCUUCCUGCUGCUGGCCAACAUCAUUCUGUGGAUCAUGCCAGCAUUCGGGGCUCGUCCUCAAUUCGACCACCCCGCCGAGGCUGAUUUUUACGAUUUCAACAUGUGGGCUGCCGUCGUGAACGUCGGCCUUCCGUUCGCCAUCUUUUACCGCAUGCACUCCGUGGCCAGCCUCUUAGAAGUCUUUGUUAACUCCUAAUUUAUGAAAUCCUUUAAUUUAUUUAAUAUUUUUUGAAAUAUAUUAUCCUAUUCAGGGUCACAGGUAAGCUGGAGCCUAUCCCGGCUGACUUGGAGAAAAAGGGGGGCAAACAUUGGACUGAUAUCACAAGGCUGGACCAUUUUUUUUAGUGUUCAGUUGUGAUAUCAUACGUGAAAUAAGUGGGGAAAAGCCCACUCAAGUGCUACAAAACAUGCAAACACAAUUAUGUGCGUGUAUGGCAGACACACACACACACACACACACACAAUUGUACUGCCCCGCCCAAUUGUUCCUUUCGUAUUAACGUGAAAUGUGAAUGUAUUGAUAUUUUCCAAAAAAACUAAAAUGUCUUGUAAAAUUGUGACUGAUGUUAUUCUUCAAUGUUUUGUUUUUUUAAUGAAGUAAUAUGCUGAUUCUUAUACCUUGUAAAUGUUUUUUUUUAUCAUUUUCAGAUGAUGAUGAAGAUAGAUACAUUUAAUUUGCACUGUUUAUAAUUUUCAGCUUGUGUAUGUACAGAAUAAACGCAAAAAAGUAAUAAAAACUUUAAAACAAA